AUGAAAACUGGAAGUAAUAAAAGUGAGGGUAAAAAACGUAAAAGAGAUGAUUCGAAAGAAAUUGUCAGUUGUGAGGGUGUUAAAAAAGCCAAAGUUCAUGCUCAAAGAAAAUUUGCCCAAGGUGCAGCAUAUAAUUGUUCUGUGAUAACUCCAAUUAAAGAUAAAGUUAGACCAUCAUCGUCGACGCCAAGUUCAGGACCGAUGCUGACAAAUAAAUGUCCCAACACAGAAGAUUUUCUUACGUUUUUAUGUUUUAGAAGAACAUCUAUUUUACCACCAAAAUUAGAUUUUUUCAAAGAUGCUUUGGGUCACGAACAAGACUCGUUACCCAUCAAUCACAAAAACACGCAAGAAAAAUUUGGGCAGAAUAAUUCUAAGAAAUUAGGAAAGAAAAAUGAUAAAAGUGUUCAAGGUAAUAAAUGUCAACAAGGUUCUGUACAAGCUCUGAGAAUGAAAUACCAAGAACAAAGGCUUGCAAAACAAAAAGUGGCAAACGUAACGAAAUUGGCACGAAAAGUAAAAGGAAAAAAUAUGGUAAGAACGCGAUCGUCAAUAGUCGGAGAAGAACCAAAGACAGAUCCUAAAAAACGCAACGUUUCCAACAACAAGGAAAACAAAACGGGUCCCCCGUUAAACCUCAGAAGCGGUUUGAAACGAGCACAAUCCGUUAUUACCAAAGGAAGAAAAUCGAUAAAAAUAAUAAAACCUAAAAAUUUCCCGCACGUGAGAACGGGAUUAAGAAGCGGAAAAGUCAACGCUCCUAAAAAUUCUAAAAAAUCCCAAGUUUCCGUUAAAUCAACCGCCGGGAAUUUGAAAAAAAACGAAAUUAAAAAGGCAAAUACGGAAAUUUCUCAAGUACAAAACGGAAAUGGAAAAAUGAAAAAAGCAGAAAGUUUUUCGUCUGAUUUUUCGUCCGACGACAAAGAACCCCUGGUGACGGUUAAAAAACCAAAGAUGCUGACGAAAAAAUUAGUUAAAUGUAAUUCGGAACAUGGUAAAUUAGAGGAUAAAACGUUUGUUAAAACGAGAUCCCAAGUCAACGAUGGCGGAUCGACGAGAGCGCGACCCACGAGAAAGACAAAAGAAGCGGCUGCCAUUUACAUGGAAAUGUUGACGAAAAAAUUAGUUAGUCCGGACAAAAGCGGAGACGAUGAUAUUUCAUCGGUUGAUAGUUUUCCAGAAUUACCCAAUGCCAAAAGAAACGAACAAAGAGAAAGUGAAAUUAAAACAAAAGCACUCGCGAACAAAAAAUCGGAUUCUAAAUGUAACGUUUCCGAUGAAAAAUCAAAAGAUUCUAAAAAAUUUGACGCAAGUAGCACAAAUUUAAAAUUAUUAAAAGGAGAGAGUAAAUGUUUGAAAAAACAAGGUAUAAAUUCUAAAAAAGAAAAUAAUAAUAAAGUAAGCGGAGACGUGGAAAAUAAUUCGAUUAAAAAAAUUAUUAACAAAAACGUUUCAAAUAAAGAUAAUAAUAAACAAAAUGGAGUUGAAAGUAAUAAAAAGGAACAGAGUCGGCCCUCGACGCGGAGUAGGCAGGUGGAAGAAGUUGAAAACGUGAGUGGGGACAACAACACGCCAGACAAAAAAAAUGCAAGCAGAGGGAAUAAAUCCAAUGGGAAAAAAUCGGAUGAAAAUUUUGUUCGCAACAAAACAAAAAAUAAAGGAUUUGUUAAAACUAUGCAAAAAAAGAAAGGUGUCGAAGAAAAUGGAAAGUGUUUGAAAACUUCCGACGAGUCGGAAUGUUUCGAGGAAAGUUGUUCUGGUAAAAGUUUUGAAAGGGAUGGUAACAAAAGUCAAAAUAAAAUAAAGAACGCGAGUGAAAAUAAGGAAAAAAGUAAAGAAAAUGGGAAAAAGGGAAAGAAAGUGGCGGUUGAGAGUUAUGGAAAUGAAAAAGAUGUCGAAAAUAAAAAUGAUAACGACAACGCCAAAGAGCCGGACGUGGAAAAUUCAAGUGGUAGCAGCAGUAAUAAACGUCCCACGAGAAAAUGUUCGGCAGCGGAUAAAAUUUGUUUCGAAAUCGAUGGUUUCACGUCGGACGACGAUGAUUUUCUCAGUACGUUUAAACCGACGAAACCGAAAACGAACGUGAAAAAAAUCGGACUCAAUAAUCAAAAACAAUCGAAAUCUAAAAAAGAAAAUAAAAAAGUUGAGAAAAUUAUACAAAGGCCGGAAGAAGAAGAAGAUGAAUGUAAAAAAGAAAAGGAAUUUGUUUGCGUAAAAGAAACGAAAGAAAACGUUGAAGAAAUCGCUUCGUCAAGUAAUAAAAUUAAGGAAGAAGUUUUGCGAGACUCACUCUCGAAAAAGGCGAGCGUUCAAAAUGACGUGGGAGAAGAAAACAUCGAGUCGAAGAUUGAGAGUACGAAAUGUGAGGAAAGUGAUACGGUUAAAAUGUCGGAAAAUGAAGAUACCAAAGCCAAUGUGAAAAAAGUUAGCAAUGAAUCAGAUAAAUCUACGGACAAAACAAACGUCGACGAUGAGAGUAAAAACACAAAAUAUUUUCAAAACGAAGAAAAUAAUGAGGGAUCGGAAGUUAAAAAAUUAUGCGACGGUAAAAAGAAAAAUAAAAACUUGAAAGAAAAUGCGAAAAAGCAGGAAAAACUGCCGAAAGUAAAAAAAGUAAAGACAGACAAAUUGAAAAACGUUGAACCUGAUGAUGACACCACAACAAACAAACGUACUCGUCCCGUUAGACAAUGUUCGACGAAAGAAAAAAAAUGGAUCGAAACGGAUUCGGAUUUUAGUUUUUACGACGAAACAAGUGACGACGAAGAUGAUUUACCCAUUCUCGGUAUGAGUUUUAUGACUAAAGAAAGAGGAAGUGAAGGAGGAACGGAAAUGAAAGAAACGAUUACUCAAAUUGAAAAGAAAAACGAAACGAAAAUAACUCAGACUAAUGAUAAAAAGGAAAUGAAAGGUGAAGAAGAAGAGGAAGAAGAAAAUCAAUCGAAUGAUAAUUUUUCAGAAUCCGAUGAAGAACCGUUAAAGAAAAAAGCUUUAAUAUUUGAAAACGAAACCGGAAAAAAACCAGAAUCUGGAAUCGAAUUGGAAAAUCAAUUAAAAUCCCAAGUAAAACCUCCACAGCGAGAAGUACCGGAUUUGCAUCCUUUAAAAAAAUCACCUGGAGAAUUAUCAUCAGUUCCCUUCAUGAGUUCUUCUCAUUCGAAACCUUUUCCAACGAAAAUUCACACUCAAACCUGUUCCAAUGCUGAACCUGUAAAUGUUGAACCGAAAGUUUUGAUAUUGGAAAAACCCAACAAAGUGACCGACAACGCUCCCGUAAUGGAUUCACAUAAAAAUCCACAAGUACAAUUUCCGGUAUUGGUCACCGGAAAUCCUAAAAUAUCGGUUCCAAAUCGAAUCGAAAUGAUUUUGCAUUCGUUAAAAAAGGAUAAAGUGAUGGACAAAGGAAUCGGUGGUAAUUCUAACGAUGUGAAAGUGACAUUUGGAAAAGUUCCUUAUCAACCGUUAUCAUCGCAGUUUACUCAAAUCCCUUGCAAUUAUCAAAUGAAAUCAAUUGUUAAUUUUCCACAUCCAAGAGAACCGAUCAGUACUCACGGAUUAGAUUUACUUAGCGAAGUUGCUCUUCCUACGACGUCCAAAGAAAAAUACGGUUCUCAAACCGAAAGAAUAGAAAAAUGGUUGAAAGAUAGCGUUGAAGUGGAACAAAGAAAAACUUAUUCGGGUUACGAAAACGUCGAGUAUAAACCUUUGGAACGAGAUAAAGUUUCUAAGGCGACGCCGAGCAAAUCGGAGAGUCCAUUAAACAAACCCGUAUUUAGCCCUCCGGUAUGCUCUUACGUUCAACCCGAAUCUCCUCAAAAAUUCAGUCAAAUGAAUCUGGUGGCAUCGCAAAAACUUCUCAAGAAAAACAUUUUUUCGUGCGAACUCAGAGUGGAGACUAAUAAAAUGGAAUCUCAACCGACUACGCCGAAAAAGGCAUUGACUUCGGUUCAGGAUUUGCUGAAACUUCAAAAGGAGAAAAAGGAAAUGCCGAAAUCGCCAAAGGAAAAUUCGCCUCAUUUAAAAAAUUGUAAAUGUAACAGUUGCGUUGUUAAAAAAGGUUGGUUUAAAAAUAAACCCAUUCCAAACAAGGCCGAACUGCAAAAGUUGUCGCCCAUCGAUGACGUCGAAGAGUCCGCCAAACCUUUUCAAUCUUUGACCAAAGCUUUUUCCAAAGUUACUGAAACGAAGAAUUCAAAAGUGGCUGCAAGUGUUGCUCCCAUUGUAUUGUCUUCUCCGCCUCUUAUUGCGAAAACUUCGCCGACUUCGAGUAAAGAAUGUAACGAAAAGAAGGGAAUAUUUCAACAGAAAAAAUUGUCGUUUUUAGAAAGAAUGAAAGAAAGAGAGAGAAAGGAAAUUGUUAGUACAAAACCCAAUCCUAAUGCAUUUUCACCGAAUAAUGAAAGCAGUGUGUAUGCUUUCGAACCGGAACCUGAACAAAGUGGAAGCGUCAAUGCACCUUUCAGAAGCAAAAUGAGAGAAAGUCGAACGUCAAGCAUGUCAAAAUCAGAUGACGAUGGUUUGAAAUUGAGCGAAGACGAAUCGUCGGCAACGGUAUUUUCACCCACGCAAGUUAAUAAGCCGACCACCACCACCACGGAGAAUAAGGCAAAAACCAUGCAAAGCACUUCAAUCGCCGUUCAAGUGAACCUCGAUUCCGAAUCAGUUGCAGAAGUUGAAACAGUACCUGAGUUACCAGAUGGUAAAAGCAUUGAAAUAUCAACUCAAACGGAAGUGUCCGAAGAAGAUCCCGACAGUCCAAUGUUUUAUAUACCUUUACAACAAGCCACGACAUCUUGCGGAUCUAUAGUUUCCGCAGAUCAACAAUUAAUUCAAGGGGUUGCCCUUAAAUUGGGAACGGAAGGGCCUCUGGGUCCUAAUCAAAGGGUAGUGAUGAAAGCGAAAUUAGUCACGAAACCUCCUGAUACUCCGAGUAUGAAAGCUGUCGUCAUGCCUCAGCCAAAGAGAAUAUUCGAUCAAAAAAGUAAUAAUCCGCCGAUAGGUACUGUGCAACCGACGACGAGAAAACCUCCCGCGGAACCUAAAACGACAGAACCUACUGAAGAACCUCCUGUUUUACCCAAAGAUUUAAGAACAAGUAGUGAAUCCCAGCUUUCCACGGGAUCAACAUCUACGACAGACAAUUUUCAAUCAAAAUCUAAUAAAAGUUCUUCUACGACAAUAUCCCGAACAUCAACGAAAAACAAAGAAAAAGCAAAAGACGCGUUAUUAACGUGUAAGGAAAAAGAAAUGAAUGACGAUCCAUCCCCUUGCUCGUCAGCGUCUUCCUCUAAAUCAAAGAAAACGUCAAAGCAAAAGAAUUCUGAAACUGUGAUUAACCCUAGCAAUAAUACAUCGUUACCACCUCCCGGAUCUGCUUCUAAAUUAGUCGAAGCACCUACUUUUCACGCCACCGAAAAAGAUUUUCAAGACCCAUUUGAAUUUUUCGAUCGAAUACGACCCGCAGCUGAAAAAUUCGGUUUGUGCAGAAUUGUACCACCGAGUAAUUUCAAACCAGAUUGCAAAGUCAGUGAUGAUAUGAGGUUCACCGCCUACAAUCAGUACAUACACCGAAUGUUUCACAGAUGGGGCCCGAACAUAAAAGAAAUGAUGGCGAUUAAAAAAUAUCUCGGAACACAAAGUAUAUCGUUGAAGCAACCGCCGUGGAUUGGCGGAAUUGAAGUUGACCUUCCCAGGUUGUACCAAAGCGUUCAAAAUUGCGGGGGUUUGAUGAAAGUGAUGGAGAAAAAGAAAUGGCACCAAGUGGCGGACAUGAUGAAAAUUCCAAAAGCAGCACAAGAUAGAGUAACGAAAUUGGACGACAUUUAUUGUAAAUAUCUUUUACCAUACGAUACUCUUUCGCACGAUGAGAGGCAAAAAUUAUUUGAGGAAGUGGAAAAAGACUGGGCUGAGAGGGAAAAAUCUUCCGAAUCGUCAGAUUCACAAAACGAAGACGACGAUGACGAAGAUGAAAAUUACAUAGAAGAAUGCGAAGAAUGUGUCGUCAAAGGAAGAAACAUGGCCCUGAAUCAAUUUUACAGAAUCGCGAGAAACACGAAAACGAUGUGGUUCAAAAAUGCAGAUCCGUCGCCUCGAGAUGUUGAAACGGAAUUUUGGAAACACGUCAGCGAAAGAAAUCACCACGUUUGCGUUCAUUCCGGAUCGAUAGAUUCGAGCGGUUGGGGUUACGGUUUCCCGAUUGCCAAAAAUAAUUCAUUUUCAAAACACCCGUGGAAUUUGAAAGUACUCACCAACAACAGCGGAUCCGUACUCCGAUCUCUCGGUCCCGUAAUGGGUGUAACAGUGCCCACUCUUCACGUGGGAAUGGUAUUCACUGCUUUCUGCUGGUAUCGGGAUCCCCACGGAUUACCCUGGAUCGAAUACCUUCACACCGGAGCUCCAAAAAUUUGGUACGGCAUAUCCGACGAUAACAGUUCGGUCUUUCAAGACGCUCUACGCAAACUCAUUCCUAGAUACAUAAAAAACAAAACAAUUUGGUUACCAUCCGACACGGCCAUGAUUCCUCCGUCUCUACUGGUGGAAAAUGGCGUUUCGCUAUGUCACAGCAUUCAAGAGCCGGGACAAUUCAUUUUAGUUUUUCCCAGAGCAUUCAUUUCUAGCAUUUGCACGGGUUACCUGGUUUCCGAGAGCGUGUAUUUUGCACAACCGAGUUGGCUUACGACCGCCGAACAGGCGUUCAAAGACAUACAAGAAAGUUGCGAACCGAGCAUGUUCUCAUUAGAGAAGCUAUUGUUCAGCAUAGCAACGGAUUUCAGAACGAGCGUGGAAGUGCUUAAACAAGUACUACCCAUGGUUUGGCACGUGAGACAAAAAGAAAUAGACGGACGAAAAACUCUUUUGAACCUCGGAUUGAAAACGUCGGAGAGAUUGCCGACGAGGGAAACGGGAAACAAGAAGAAAAAGGGACGUUGGGCACAAAACGACGACGGGGAUUACGAGUGCGAAAUAUGCAGAACGAAUCUUUUCGUGUCUUUGGUGACCAAUUCUCAAGAAGAGGGUACAUAUUGUUUGCCACACGCCAUCGACCUUCUCACUCAAAAAAGGCACCAGUUGAAAUACUGCAAGCUCAUGUAUUCUUACACUCAGGAGGAAAUGAACGAGCUCGUAGAGAAACUGGAGCAAAAAAUCGAAACAAAAUCUUUGAAGAAACUAACAAGCAAAUCAUCAACGUCAGCAAAAUAA